AUGACUGGUGUAUAUGACAGUGGUAGUGACAUGACUGGUGUAUAUGACAGUGGUAGUGACAAGACUGGUGUAUAUGACAGUGGUAGUGACAAGACUGGUGUGUAUGACGAUGGUAGUGACAAGACUGGUGUGCAUGACAGUGGUAGUAACAAGACUGGUGUAUAUGACAGUGGUAGUGACAUGACUAGUGUAUAUGACAGUGGUAGUGACAUGACUGGUGUAUAUGACAGUGGUAGUGACAAGCCUGGCGAAUAUGACAGUGGUAGUGACAUGACUGGUGUAUAUGACAGUGGUAGUGACAAGCCUGGCGAAUAUGACAGUGGUAGUGACAAGCCUGGCGAAUAUGACAGUGGUAGUGACAUGACUGAUGUAUAUGACAGUGGUAGUAACAAGACUGGCGAAUAUGACAGUGGUAGUCAAAUGACCACUCUGCCUCCAUACUAG